GUAUAUACUCUGACAAUUAACACAUACUAUAAACAUAUGGGUGCUGUGUUAUAUAUCUAUCGGCUUGUCAGCGUGACAGUCAGUCAAUGUCGGGGAUUGUAAAUACAAGGAUGUCCAGGCAUCUUGGAUGUCAUAUUCCAGUUUGAGUUUCAACAUGAAGAUCGAUACUGCAACACAGAGUGAUUUUGAUUUAACGUUCCAUUAUUUAGACCUCAUGUGCACACCUGACAAUACAUUGAAAGACCAGUUUUUCUCAUUAUUCAGUGAAAAGCCAUUACAGCCGAGUUCCAAGGAUUUAGAUUGUUAUCUCAAGACACUUCAAGAUGGCGCAACAACAUGUCAAUCACCGAUGUCUAUAAAUGCCGAAAAGAACAUCUCAUUAACUAUACCCGAUAACUUUAUCAAAUCAUCGGCUAAAAAACCAGACUACCCACAGCUUGAUAUCAACCGCCUUGACGAAUUCCUUCUGAAAGAAUUAGAAGUUAUUUCAACAGAACUUUCAGUAAUAAAUUCAACAAAAAGGGGACAGAAGGUUAAGAAGAGACUUUUCGUCUGUAGCAAUGACGGUGAAUCAAACACAAAAAGGAGAAGAACAGAAAGCUUUACAGAGACAGAUGCUGACAUCAAAUGCAUAUGGAAUUGGUCCGACUCUGCUGGUCGCAGUUGAGAAUUAAAUAUAAUGUGCGUGUUUGAUACAUGAAGCCGUUGUUUGCCUUUUUAGUGAGGUCCGAUUUGAGUAGCAACAUUUGUAAUCAUGGUUAUUGACUUACAUGAUAAAAGUAACUGUUAUAUGUUUGAUAAUUUGUGUACAAAUAUAUAAAGA